AUGGCGACGUCGAGUACGCCGGGAGCGAGAAGCAGACAACUCGUGAGUUUUCGGAACUUUUCGAAAAGAAAAUAACAAAAGAAUUUGGAAGAUUCUAGACUGCGGAACGAUGAAAAAUGAAUUUUCAUUUUUUUUCCAGGAAAACAUGCCCCUUUCAAACCCCGACAAGCCGCCGUUAACCCGCGAUGCCAGUGUGUAAGUUAUCCUUUUUCAUUCAUUCAUCUUUGUUUGAAAUCAACAAAAUCACCGCCAAAAACUUUUGUUGCAGAAUCCAGCAAGUGUCGAAUUUCAUCGGAAUUCCUGCCGGCGGGAAAGACGAAGAUGAGGAAAAGGCUAAAUGGACCAAAAAGAGGUGAAGAAUUAAAACAAUAAUCAUUCAAAAACAAUUUAAGUUCAGGCUACGAAGAAUUGCAAACAAGUACGGCUUGAACGAGAAUGAGGUGCGCGCCAUGACUUCUGGUACGUUUUUUCCGGAAAAAAAAACGAAAUGUAUCCUAUUUUUGCAGUGCACAAAUCGCUGAACCCACAGGGACCGUUGUCUGAAUCGGGAACACUCCUUUUGACGCCCGGCAGUCCGCCGGAAGACGUGGAACGAGGAAUUCAGGCGGCGCGGGUGGGGAGGACUCCGGGCGGAAGAGUCCCGAUCGCUGCGAUGCCCUCUCUGCCCAACUACGAAUCCACGUCGACGAGUUUCGAAGGCCAACGGAUCCGGGCGGACAGCUUCUCGCAGACCGCCGUUAGUUUUUGCACGGAAAUUUCAAUGUUUCAUGUUUAUAAUGUUGAAAAACGUUGCAGGACCUGUCGGCGAGCCAAUCCCGUCUCUCGAGAAUGUCCUCUCAACAACGCGAAUCGGUGCCAACGGCCGUCAUCAAUUCAGUCACCAAUUUCUUUAAAAAGUGCGUUCUUUUGGCCACUUCUAGGAGAAAAAGUCGUUGAAAAACUGAGAAAUCUGAAAGGCGGAAAUUGCAUUUUCCAGAGGCUCGUUCAUCAACAAAAACCGUCUGAAACUGCGCUCCUCGUUCGCCUCGAAAUGCUCGUUCGACCUGGAUAUGGUUGCGUCGGCUCAAAUGGAAACUCCAGAAGACACGACGACGGCGACGCCAGCAUCAGAUGACGUCCGCAAAAGAGCGGCAGGAGAACCGGAGACCUCCUCACCCGACGGAAUCAUGUUCCACGCGACGGGACCGCCCGGAACCGAAUCGUUCGAAAUGAAGACGUUUUCAAGAGGACCAUCCACUCCGGGACCGUCCGGAGUACGUCCGAGCGGAUCUCCGAGGCGAGAAAGAGAGGAAAAAGAGGCAGAGUCCCAGCUGAUCACCAGUGAAAUUCCGGAAGAAACGUCGUUUGAGGUGGAAAUGGAAGAGAUGGCGGAUGUGGAUGAAGCACAGGGCGGAGAAAUGGGUACGUGUCUGUGAUCAGAACAAAUGCUUGUAAAAUUUUACAAAAUUGACAGGGUUUUCAAAAUUUCAUUUUAAAAUCUCUCUAAUUCCCGCUGACCCCUUUUCCAAAGUUUCAGAUCCAUCUGCAAUGUCGCGAAUGACGGCAAAAGUCCGGAAGAAAUCCUCGAUCCGCAUCCCGGCGAUUUCCAGUCGAGACCCGGCGGAACUGUCGACCCGCUCCGCGCCGCCCUUUUCGGUUUUGCAGCGUGGAAAAACGACGGCGCCGCCGGAGAGACCGUCCGAUUUGACGGCGGGAACACGGCCGCUGAUCCAUCCGUCCGCAUCCCUCCCCUCGAGGGACCGCCGGAUCUUCGAUGAAGAAAAGAUCGAGGCAGGAGGAUCAGGUACUGGAACUGCUGGCCGAGGAAUCGGAGCAAAAGGAUCGCGAGGAGGGGAAGGAGGUGGAGCCCGUCGGAAUCAGCUUCAGAUCUCGAUUCAGGAAGGUAAACUUGACGCGAAAUGGGCAAUUGUGACGUUUCUUUCACUUCUGAUCGUGCAAAUAGACAUUGAUCUACGUGGUUGCGAAAUGUCCUGAAGUUGCAACCGAAAAAUUUAAAGCUAAAGACAUUGUGUCACUAUUUAUCACUUGAUAGGUCGCGAAGUGUCUGGUAACUCUGGUUGGUUGAGAUUUUCCUACACAUUUUGAAACUAAAACACUAGAAGUUGCAAAACGUUCUGCAUUUCAGCCGUCUCUAAUGCUCGCGGAACGUUCAAUCUCCCUGGUGGACGAGGUGUUCUUCGACACCCCGCACCCUCGUUUCCUUCAGCCAGGCAGUGACGGCCACGCGUCGACUAGUCCGGCGGGAGCCCCGCCGCCGGAACUUGAUGCCUACCAUCCGGACAUUGCUCAGUCACCGCCCACUUCUGCGAAACUCGCCACCGCCGGCACCUCCUAUCAAUUCGAUCCGAUUACGGUUGCGGAGACGCCCGGCGGAGUCGUCGGGUAUCAUCAGGAAGGGAAUAUCACUUAUAUCGAUCUGGGCGACGCGACUCUUUAUCGGCCGAAAGCCACCGUUUUAGGGAGAAUCGGACCGAUGGCCAGCUCGAAACCGGAUAGACCGUUGACCGAAUUGGUAAGGGAUUCGGUAAUUGCACACCUCAAACUACCGUAACUCAGGAAUCAGGCUCGACGUCAUCCCGCCGCCUGCUGAUCCGUCAGCCGACGAUCGAAGAGCUCGAGGAGGAGAACCCGCAGCUGCGAGCGUAUCGUCUGCGUCAGAAGCGAAUGCAGGCGCAGACAUCUCUCUUUACGCAGAAGAUCACGGAGCAUCCGCCCGGAAAACGGCAGCGCGGCAUCGGAGUGUUCGGAAAGUGUUUCGGGCGGGCCUACAAACGCGAUCUCUCCUCCGAUAUCCAAAAGAUUCUAAGCGACGGAGUCGACGAACGCGCGUGGUUUACCUACUGGACGACUACAAUCCAGAUCGUCAUCUGUCUUCUGAGCAUCGCAAUGUACGGAAUGGGACCGUUCGGCAUGGGAAUGCGAGUGAACAAGGACGAGGUGCGCGACGUGACCCUCUCCAACCGCCGCGUCUCCUAUCAGGAACCCGAGAACAUGUGGUUCGGACCGCACUAUGCGGAUCUCAUUCGUCUCGGCGCGCUCUACUCGCCGUGCAUGCGACGGGAACACGGGUUGUGGGCGGUGAUUGAGGAGGAGCGGCGCAUCGAGAAUCGGACCGGAUGUUGCAUUGCCAGCGAUCAUUCCGGCUGCUGGCAGAGCAGCGAAUUGAUAUGUCCGGUAAGGACCACUAGAACUAAAUUUGAGCUUUGCGAAAAAAAAUGAACGUUUUAGACAAAUUGAAAGCUUUAGAAUCAUCAAGAAUUCACCGAAUAUUGAAAACAAAUCGAUUUCCUUGCAGCGCAACGUGGCCCGAUGGGUGCGCUGGGACAAACCGGACCCGACAGCCGCGAAGAGACAGUUCCUAGCGCACAAAUCGAAAUCAGAAGGCGAUUUGCUGCGCGGCCAUUCGAACAUCACCUCGCUGCUCUCGGCGACGCGAAUGUGGAAACAGCAGCGGAAGUCGGGAGCGGUGUGCGGACAGGAUCCGUCGUAUUGCGAUGUUCCUUCGUCGGUGGCGCCGCACGAGUGGCCGGACGACAUCACGCAAUGGCCGAUUUGCGAGCAGAAGCACGUGGGAAAAGGCCUUCCGGAGCACGUGACAUGCCACGUGACGGGCCGCCCGUGCUGCAUCCAACUGCAGGGACUGUGCCGCAUCGCCACCAAAGAGUACUGCGAGUUUGUGCGCGGUCACUGGCACGAGAACGCGACUCUCUGCAGCCAGGUCAACUGUUUCUCGGGCGUCUGCGGCAUGUUUCCCUUCUUCGGACCGAGUCCCAACCAGUUCUAUCGGCUCUUCUUCUCGCUCUUCAUCCACGCCGGCAUUCUCCACCUCGCGUUCACCUUCUUCUUCCAAUGGUGGGCUAUGACGGACCUGGAGCGGCUGAUCGGAUCGAAACGCAUGGCCAUACUCUAUUUCGUUUCGGGCGUCGGCGGCAAUUUGGCCUCCGCCAUCUUUGUGCCCUACAAUCCGGAAGUUGGGCCCUCGGGCUCGCAGUGCGGAAUCAUGGCCGCACUCAUUGUCGAUUGUUGGCAUCAUAGGUACAAAAUAUUUUUUGAAAUCCCAGUCGCUGAGUACAAUACCCCUCAAUUGCAGACACGUGAUAAAAGAGUUCUCGACUGCGCUCAACCAACAUCUCUUCGUCACGGCCGUCAUUCUGAUUGUCGGUCUUGUGCCCUGGAUCGACAACUGGGCCCACCUCUUCGGCUUCAUUUUCGGUCUCCUCACCACGAUAAGUACGUCUUCGCGUCAGAUCUGACCACAUCUACCAAUUUUUCAGUCAUCUUCCCCUACCUCGAUUUCCCGGAGAAGCCGCUCCCGCCCGCGCCACCGGCUCCUCUUCCGUCAACUCCGAUGCCACGUGGCGGCUCUGCGCUGAGCACCGCCGAAACGCCGAAGAUGGCGGGCCAGUACAGCCAGUUGGCGAACGGAUAUCCGUCGCCGAUCGCCGAACCCGGCAACACAAUGUUUCAGCCGAUUCAGAUGGUGUGGGGCAUUGCGCGACGACGAUUUGUGACGCGGAGAACGGUAAGGAAAGAGUUCGAAACGGAGAAUGUUUCACCCAGAAAUCUCAAUUUUUGAACGUACGAUACCGCCGGUUGCCCCCCGAAAAUUGUGCAGUUUGUACAUAAAAAUGGUGUACAACUCGUCGAGUUCAGAAAAAUUUGAACCUGUAAUCUUUGUUCGACAUGAAAAAACAUCGACUUCUGCAGUUCUACGUGGUGAUCUCUGGAAUCGUGCUCGUCACUCUGUUCCUGAUCCUCCUCAUCGUCUUCUUUGGAAACGUCGAGAUCGACUGCCCAUGGUGCAUCUACUUCAACUGUGUUCCGCCGUUUUCGUGCCAUAACCAAGGCCAGAAACUCAAAAAGUGGCUUCCAAUCUGA